AUGGUCGGCGAACGUCUGAGGGGAAGCAGUGGGGGCUUGGAUGCAGUGAUCUCUCCGCCUGCAUGCCCUUCCAGGGCCCCCCACAAGUCCAGCACCGAGAGCGUACACAGGGUACUCAAAAGUGUCUCCAGACAGAGCCUACUCAACUUGGUGGGCUGCAAAUUAGGCAUGUCCAAGUGUGGUCCGUCUGAAAGAAGCAGUUUUCAACAGGAAGGAUUUUUCUCCUCUUCGAGGGACAGCUUACCAGCCGCCUAUGUUAAUAGGGCAGCCAACGUUAGUUCAGCUAGUGAACUAGACUUAUCCAGAAAACAUAGAAGGAAAGAUCUUCGAGGGAGAUUAAAGCUGCCCACCAGUGUUACUCUAGCCAGUUCGGGGGAAGCUCCACUUUUGGGGGGGUGGCGUACUGCCCCUGGGUCAACGGCUGGUACCAAUCCACCCUCUUCAAAUCAUCUAAGUAGUAGUAGUUGUAACGGAACCGAAAGUCGAUAUGGUUUCCGUCGUGUAGACUCCUACUCAGGUCGACUGCGUGCCGGAUCUACAGGGUGGUCAUUUGUUUUCGAUCCAGCAGGACGACUGUGUUACUACUGGUCCAUGAUCGUAUCCCUAGCCUGUUUGUAUAAUCUUUGGGUCAUUAUCUACCGGUUUGCUUUCAGGGAAAUUGACGCAAGCACGAUAAUAAUGUGGUUCUGUCUGGACUACUUUGCCGAUUUUUUAUACCUGAUGGACAUCCUAGUCCAUUUCAGAACUGGAUACCUGGAAGAUGGCGUGCUCCAGACUGACGCAGCCAAACUGAGGCAGCACUACAUGAACUCCACUACGUUCUACAUCGACUUACUGUGCCUGUUACCACUGGAUUUUUUGUACUUGUCCAUUGGGUUCAAUUCGAUAUUAAGGUUGUUUAGAUUGAUAAAAUUGUACAGAUUUUGGGCCUUCAUGGACAGAACAGAAAGGCAUACGAACUAUCCAAACUUUGUUAGGUCCUCGUACUUAAUUCACACUCUCUUGGUUGUGUUCCAUUGGAAUGGAUGCGUGUUCCACUUGGUGCUGAAACAUGACGGAUUCGGCAGUAAAAACUGGGUAUACAGUGAUUCCGGAUCAAAUGAAGAUCAGGACCAUGUAAAGUCAUACCUCCAGAGUUAUUAUUGGUGCACUUUAGCUCUAACUACAAUCGGAGAUCUUCCUAGACCGAGAAGUAAACCUGAAUACUUAUUUGUGAUAUUUCAGUUGUUGUUUGGCUUGCUGCUGUUCGCCAGUGUCAUGGGACAUGUUGCCAACAUCGUGACAUCAGUAUCUGCAGCUAGAAAGGAGUUUCAGGAUUUUUCCGGUGUGUCCAAAUUGGAUGGCGUGAAGACCUACAUGCGCAUGCGUCGUGUCCCUUCACAUCUCCAGGUCAAAGUGAUCAAAUGGUUUGACUACUUGUGGCUCACCCAGAAGUGUUCCGACGAAGAACGGGCAGUGUCCUGUUUGCCCGACAAACUUAAAGCGGAAAUCGCCAUCAACGUCCAUUUGGACACCCUGAAGAGGGUGGAAAUCUUUCAGAACACCGAGGCAGGCUUCCUGUGUGAAUUGGUGCUAAGGCUCAGGCCGGUACUGUUCUCUCCUGGUGACUACAUCUGUAGAAAAGGCGAAGUGGGUAAAGAAAUGUACAUAGUGAAUCGGGGAAGGCUACAAGUGGUCGCUGACAACGGCAGGACAGUGCUGGCCACCCUGAAAGCGGGCAGUUACUUCGGUGAGAUCUCCAUCUUGAAUAUGGGCACGGCAGGUAAAUGGUUGGGAAAUAGGAGGACGGCCAGUGUGAGGUCAGUAGGCUAUAGCGACUUGUUCGUAUUAAGUAAAAAGGAUAUGUGGGACGUACUGAAAGAGUACCCAGCUGCUAGAGUACGACUUGAAGCGAUAGCUGUCAAGAGAUUAGAGAAAUACAAACGGGCGCCUCUAGAAAAAGCUGCAAUGGGUAGAAGUCAAUCCACUCCAGGUUUGGUAGAGUCCAGAGGCAAGGUAGCCUUAGAAGAUAUGUGGGUACCUCCAAUCCCUCUAGGAAUCCUUACACCGCUUUAUCCCAGGUCUCUGGGAGCAUCCCCUCCACCUCCUUUGCAGACGAUCAGGCCUCCACCUACACCUGACAGUCCCGGAGGAUCAACAAGUAGCGACAGGAGCCGACAAAGCAGGCAAAGUAGACAACAACACGUUAGAUCAGGUACAACGAUCAAUGGUGGUGAAAGUAUGACCCAGCUGGUAUCAGGAAGAACUACGCCCCUAAUAGCAUCUCAUGAGGCCUUAGAAAGUGAAAUUAAAAGGCUGAGAGAACGACUUCAAACAGUCGAAUCGGAAAAUGCCGCCAUGAGCGUCAAGCUCAGUCAGCAGCAAUGGGAGUUAGAACACAGAUUGGCCGAGAUCGAAAUGCAGAUCUGCGGUUCCCGCUCCACCAGUUCCCUGGAACAGGAGGACCUGGAACGGAACCGGGAGAGCAUCAUUUAACGGCUGGACGCGCUGCCGGACGCGCUGCGCGCGCACCCAUCCCUCAUGGUGCAGUUCAUCGCGUGACGGCCCGAGCGCGAACCAAACUCGUUGUUUUUAGUGACGGGAACGACC